CUUGGCAAUUUUGCACUCCCACCCCUCCAUUUUUCCCAGCCGCCACCUUCUUUCUUCCCUGCCUCUUCUUCUUCACGGCAGCAACAGCCACCAGCGACGCCCUCCCUGCUCCAUGGGCGCGGGUCUCUCUGCUCCAACCAUGGCCACCCAGCAACAGCGCCAUUCUUCCCCCUCGGCUCCCUGGGAUGCAGCAGCACACCAUCGCGGGAGCAGGGCCCCCAUGGGAGCGCCCCCUUAUCCACGACGUCAGCAGCAGGGAGCUUUUUCUUCCCCGCGCGCAGGAGCUCCAUGGCCGAGCUCGCCCAGGCCCCAACGCCUCUGCUCGGUCGCAGCUCUGCAGGCUCUCUCCACCGUGCCCCCUCCUUCCUCGGCGCGCUGAAGCUCCUCAUCCAUGGCGCCCAAGCCCUUCUUCUUCCUCUGCCCAACGCCCCCUCUUCUCCACUGCGUUAAGAGCAGGGAGCCUUUUUCUCCCCUGCGCGCAGGGAGCAGUUCCCUUGGCCGACGCCCUCUGUGGCAGCCAAGGCACCUCCCUCCCUCUCUGCUCGUGCGCAGGAAACCCCUCAAGCGCAGGGAAGAACAACAGCCCACCCUUCAAAACACCAAGCAGCGGCAGCAACCUCCAUGGCGCCCCUGCUUCCCUCCCAUAGCUGAGCGCCCUUGCUGUUCUCUUCAAUACCCCUUGGCUAUUCGACGGAAUACCCGUGAGAAAUAAUGUGUUGUGCACAGCCCCGUCCGCUAUGCCGUCGACCCUCGCUAGUGGUCGACGCCGCGCUUCGCGCUUGGCCCGUUCGACGAAACGCCAAGCCUUGUGGACAGCCCAUGUUACUAGCCUCGAUUCGUCCAGGUUGUUCACUUGGUAUUUUGUGGAUUAAUCUAUUUAAGCCUUGGUCGAUGUUGUGCAUGCGUGUAUAUGUGUAAGAAAAUGUAUUGGUAUGGAUUGAAGUUCGUGGCGAAAGAAAAAGAAGUAGAAAAGAACUCAAAUGUUUUUAUAUUUCGAUAGGAAUUUAUGCGAUGUGGUUGGAUGUGUGCGAUUUGUAGUUUGUACAAUUAUAUUUUUUGUCGAUGUGGUGUACAUUGGUGUUGGAGUGUGUGUGGGUAUAAAAUGUUUUGGUUA